AUGAUCGCCGGACGUGCGGAGAGCCUACCGGACGUCCGGGCAACGUGCCGCACGGUUCCGGGGCUGACCCGCGACCAGCUGGAGCUGUGCACCCGGGCGAGCGACGUGACGGCGGCCGCCAUCGAGGGCCUCGAGCUCGGUGUCCGGGAGUGUCAGUAUCAAUUCCAGUGGCACCGCUGGAACUGCUCCUCGCUCAGCACCCGGAGCCGCAACCCGCACACAUCCAGCAUGCUGAAACGAGGCUACCGGGAGAGUGCGUUCGCGUACGCGAUCGCUGCGGCCGGCGUGACGCACAGUGUGGCCCGGGCCUGUGCCCAGGGUCGGCUCAUCUCGUGCGGUUGCGACCCGUCCGUCAACCGGAAGGGCAUGUCGAAGUCGCUGCGCGAGAGCCUCGAGAAGGAGAAGCUGCGCUUCCUGGACGCGAUUGCGGAAAGCAACAGCGUCUUCGAGGAGGGCGACAGCCUGCGGAAGCUGAAGGUGAAACAGGCGAGCCGCUGGAAGUGGGGUGGCUGCUCCCACAACAUGGCGUUCGGGGUCGAGUUUUCCGAGCUGUUCCUGGACAGCCGCGAGAAGGGCAUCGACAUCCAGUCGCAGAUCAAUCGCCACAACAACCGGGCCGGCCGCAGGGCGGUCUCGAAUAACAUGCAGGUCCGGUGCAAGUGCCACGGAAUGUCCGGCAGCUGCCAGCUGAAGACGUGCUGGAAGUCGGCGCCCGAUUUCCGGGUCGUUGGCCGCGUCCUCAAGCAACAGUACCGCCGGGCGAUCCUCGUCGACCAGUCGAACCUGGGCAACGGCCCCCCGAUGAUCGUGUACCGGAAGCCAAAGAAACGCAAGCACGUGACCGGCAACCUGCGGCCACCGCGACGGCCACGCGAACAGCAGAGCAACGGUGCCAACGGUGGCCGGGUGGGUCUCGGAUUCGACCCGAUGACCGGUGGCGGAUCCGGAAACCGGAAGCUAGAGAACGCCCUCUUCUACUACCAAAGAUCACCGAACUUUUGCGAGCGCGAUCAAAUCUCCGACAUUCCCGGCACGAUCGGGCGGAGAUGCAACCGGACGAGCAGCGGCAGCGAAGGAUGCGCGUCGAUGUGCUGCGGCCGGGGCUACAACCUGAUCCGGGAGAAGCGCACCGAUCGGUGCAACUGCAAGUUCCACUGGUGCUGCUUCGUCGAGUGCGACGAUUGCGAAAUCGAAGAGUGGAUUAGUGUCUGCAAUUGA